AUGGACAGGCCGGAACCACGGUGCCCUCCACCAGGCUCCCUCAGGCUAUUUGUCCUUACAUGCCUCCUGAUCCUGACAGCUGUUCUGACGUAUCCUGUGCUCAGGACCGUUAGCCUCUGGUUCCACUCCUCCCUCACUAGGAGCUAUGUCUCUGGCACUUACUCCAUCGUUUUUGUCAACUAUCCCAAUGAGCAAAUUGCCAGAGAUGUUGCCAGGGCCAUACUGGAUAAGAAGUUGGCAGCUUCUGUGAACAUCUUGCCUAAGACAUCUUCACUGUACUUUUGGAAGGGAGAAAUAGAAGAAUCCACUGAGAUCUUGUUGCUAAUAAAGACAAAGACUUCCAAGGUCUCCAGGCUGUCCACCUACAUGAGGUUGGCUCAUCCUUUUGAAAUCCCAGAGGUCUUCAGUAUUCCCAUGGACCAAGGAGAUGCUCGCUAUUUAAAGUGGCUUGAGGAGGGCAUGAAGGAGAACUAAGCAGAGAGACCGCACAGGCUGCUGGCUGGCUGGCAGGCCUUUCUUGACUGUGCUCUGGGGAAGGCAGGCCUUCUUCCACCUCCCUAGGGGGUUCCUGACGGCGCAGAGGUGACCUGUGCAUGCUGACUGAAGGACUGAGAAUUUCAAGACUGGGGGUGAAGGCCAGCCAGGCCUGUGAGAACCAAGUGGAGCCUGUGUCCGCCAGAGGGUGUGACGGUGAUAAUGCAGGGACCGAGGGGAGGUGACCGUGAGGGCACUGGGCCUACCAUAAGUGCCCCGGGUGUAAUUGAUCCUCUGCUUCUCGUAGGGACAGAGGGCCUUCCUCACCUAGGUGUGUGUGGGAUAAAUGUCUUCUAAAAACACUGACAUGUGCUCUGUUCAAAAUGAUGAAUCAUAGUGGUAGAGUUUCAGGGGUCAACAGAAUUUUCUUGUUAGAGAGGCUUUUGUUGCUCCUGAACUUGCAGAGGUGAGGCUGGGAAGGGGCUUCUUGAGCCUAUACAGGCUAGGGGAAUAUUAGAGUUUCAACACAGCCUUGUGGGCUGAGAAUGUCUUGACUUAAUAUAAUAGACAUGCAAAGAAAGACCCUGGAGACCUAGGUUCUCAGCCCUUGGCACCUGCUAGGCCAGGGUUUUUCAGAUCUGCUGUACAGAGCUUCUAGGGCUGGCAGAGAAACCCCUGAACUUCUGGAGGAAUGUAGCCCCCAUCCACAUCCCAAGUGGAGGUGGCAGAAGUGUGUCAAUUCCCCCAUUGAUAUACAGUAUCAAGAAAAACUUCACUUCAUGGAAUUCCGUACAGGGAGGCAUGCUGAACUACAGUCUAGCCUCGGUUUCUCAUCCCAUGCUGAGGGCUCUCUACACCUGUCCCAAGGAUCUCUGGUGAAGGGAACAAUGGACAUGGGGAUGCUGAGCCCAAGGCCAUGAAAAGGGAGAGUUGAACCAGGCCCUCUCCAUGAAUCUCACAAGGUAACUCCAUGAUGGGGGCACCCAUAGGGAGCUGGAGUCAGGAUCCAGACAGCUAUGGUGUCCUGGUUUCUUCUGUGGGGCGGGGUGUUGUUAAAUACACCAGGUAGAACCAGGUCCUAGUUCUGAUAGCUGCUGUGUGUCUCCCACCUUGUGCCCCAAAUAGCAGAUGUUGAAGGGUCUCCAAGGGCCAUCAGUGAGAACCUGAUCAGGACUGAGGCCCUUCCAAAGGGCCAGAGAAUUCCACUGGUAGUUUUAAGGGCUGAGGAACGGAGAUGUCCUUGGUCUUAAAGCCCAGUUCUGAGGUAUCUACAAGUCUUGAAAACCCUACUUAAGAUGUACUCAGGACCCUGAUGUACCAUCAGGGUUGCUUCCCUAGAAGCAAAGCCCAGUUUCUAGAUCUUCCUUCCUUCCUGUUCCGAUCACGUCUCAGUGCACCUCACUGUGCACUGUCCCUGUGUUCAUAUGUCCUUUCCACCUGGUGUCACUCCUCUGAAAAGCCUCACUUCAGGCUGGAUCAUGAGGUGCUGGAGGUCAGAAGCAUGUCUGAAUCUUGUUGUUUCUUGCACAAGGUUUGG